ACUGUCAUAUUAAUGGUUGGAAUGAACACGCUACACCGACCCGCUGCUGAACAUCAGAGCUGACCUGACUCCGACUUACCGCUGACCAUCAACAGUCCGGACCAAUGAAUUAUUCCUGUUGUGUGUACACUGAAGUAGUUAAAGAGUCCAGUUCGCUAUUGAUUCGCCGUUUAUUUCAUAUUCAAACACGGUCGAAUACCGUAGCAUUAUUUUCUUUCUAUAUUGAUCGCUGAGCUAAAAUAAUACAAAUCAAAGUGUUAAUCGAUAGAUUCAAUUAAGGCGAAUGUUUAGACAGCAACUGUGGCAAAAUGUGAUUGGGGAAGAGAACGGUUCAUCCUUUUUCGUAAAUGAAAAUUAAAACCGCUCUGGAUCCUAGACCGUGCUGAUAAAGGAGGAUGCGAUAUUUUCACCUCUCUGUUACGAUUGUUGUUCAUGUUCUUCUUAUCCCAGGAGAAGGGCAGUCUCUGAGCUGUUACGAGUGUACUAACGAGGAGACUAACAUACACUGUAUAGAUGACUACAACCUUCAGCUGUGUGGUCAAGGUAUGGACACCUGCCAAACCAUUACGUCAUACUCAGACGUGUCAGAGAAGCUUUCCAUACUGAAAUCUUGCACAACAAACGUGUCAUGUCACCUUCAGAAACAGGAGUACGACAACUCGUGUCGUUUCGUCAGUUCCGACUGGAUCUGUGUCUAUUGCUGCCAGCGGGACAAAUGUAACAUUCACGUGGCUUCUGGGACAGCAUCGCCUUGGCGAACGAAAUCGUUAAUAACACAGAUAUUGGAUUAUGUUUUUCUUUCGCUUAUAAUAUCUGUGUAGAGAUGUAUUUUGUGUUAAUGUCAUAACUGAGAUCGAAAGCAUGAGAUUGGAGUCUUGUCUUCCACGGUCAUAAAGAAAGGAGAUGGAUUAUAUCAUCGAUUCAACUGCGAAGCAUAAAAUGUAAUUUUCGCUUUUAUAGGGGAGUGGGAUAUAAAAGUCUUAUUUUAAUCACAUUGACUUUUAAGUAGAGUUUUCCUUCAAGCUCUGAGCUAACAAUCGAAGCAGUUUAUUUCUGUGAUGUGGAGAGAACUCGGUUUUAUAUGAUUUCAUAACGGUUAUUAACGGGCAAUAUAUCUCCAGGUUGCUCUUUUAGCCUGUGUAUAUUUUUGAAUCAGCAUGUGAUAUUUCCUAUAUAACAUCUGUGUUGUUGGAUUGAAUACUGUAAAUAUUGCUAAUGAGAUGUCCAUUUUAUUUAUUCAAACUUAAUGUAAUUAAUGGUACCGAUUACACUGAAUAACAUAUUAAUCGGUUAGAUAGCAUUAUUCAUUAUUACGCCCUCUCGCUAACGUACAAUGUUCUGGGACGGAAGUUGAUGAUAUAGAGGUAGCAACGCAAAUAUAAAAUAUACUUUUGA